AUGGAACUCCAUUUCCCCUCUCUCCUCCUCUCCGCCGCCACGCUCCUCCUCGCCCUGUCCAUCUCCUCCGCCGCCAACGACACCGCCGCCCUCUCCCUCUUCCGCUCCCAGACCGACCCCCACGGCGCCCUCCUCCCCAACUGGACCACCACCCCCGCCGCCCCCACCGCCUGCGCCGCAGCCUGGUCCGGCGUCCGCUGCUCCCGCGGCCGCGUCACCGCCGUCGUUCUCCACUCCCUCUCCCUCCGCGGCUCCAUAUCCGCUCUCUCCUCCAUCGACCAGCUCCGCCUCCUCGACCUCCGCAACAACCGCCUCACCGGCGACCUCUCCCCCCUCACCAAAUGCACCAACCUCAAGCUCGCCUACCUCUCCGGCAACGACUUCUCCGGCCAGAUCCCGCCGGACCUCCCCUCCCUACGCCGCCUCCUCCGCCUCGACCUCUCCAACAACAACCUCCGCGGCCCCAUCCCCCAAAACCUCUCCGCCCUGUCCCGCCUCCUCACCCUCAAUCUCCAGGACAACCAAAUCAGCGGCGAAAUCCCCAAAUCCCUAGAUUCACUCCCAAAUCUCCGCCAUCUGAACCUCUCGAACAACGAAUUAAACGGCUCCGUAUCAAAAUCCCUACUCACAAAGUUCGGCAAGACCAGCUUUUCCGGCAAUGAAGCUCUCUGCCUUAAUUCCACCAAUUGCUCUUCUUCCUCCACCAAUUCGAAUCCAACCUAUCCCAAAACUCCACCGGAAAAUCAACGCAAUAAGAUGAGCAAAAGAACACUAAUAUCCCUAAUCACUCUAAUUUCGAUUCUAUUGCUCGUGCUCUCGUCGUGCGCGGUAUUCCUCUGCUGCUGCUGGAAAACCAAAACCGACUCGACAAAUUCGCUAGCGGCAAGUGAGGGCGGAAAACGAAGCAGCCACUCGAGCCACAAGGGCUUCAUAGAUAAUAACGAAGGCGGCACAGGCCCCACGCGUACAAAUGGGCUCGUCUUUCUCGACGACAAGAAUCAGUUUGAGCUCGAGGAUUUGCUCCGUGCAUCGGCUGAGGUGCUCGGGAAGGGUAAUUUGGGCACGGUUUAUAAGGCCGUGCUUGAGGGCAACAGUGGGACUGUGGCUGUGAAGAGGUUGAAGGACAUUAGCUCGUUCGAGCGGAAGGAAUUCGAGCGGUGUAUGGAUUUAAUUGGGAAAAUGAGGCACCCGAACAUCGUGAGGUUGAGAGCUUAUUACUACGCGAGGGAGGAGAAGCUACUCGUCUACGAUUACAUGCCCAACGGCAGCUUGCACGAACUUCUUCACGGAAACAGAGGGCCCGGCAGAGUCCCGCUCGACUGGACCACGAGAAUCGGCCUCAUCCUUGGGGCAGCCCGGGGGGUCGCCAGGGCCCACGACGACCACAUGGGCCCGUGGGCCCCACACGGGGCCGUGAAGUCGUCCAACGUCUUGCUUGACAAGGAUGGGGUGGCCCGUGUAUCGGAUUUCGGGCUGACGCUAUUCCAGAGCCCUGCCCGCGCGGUUGCCGGGCUCGGAGGAUACCGGGCCCCCGAGCAGGCCAUGAGCAAUGUCCUAACGAGGGAGGCCGACGUGUACGCGUUCGGGGUGUUGAUGCUCGAGGUGUUGACGGGCCGGGCCCCGUGCGGGCCCGAUGGCCCCGCGGCGGACCUGCCCGGUUGGGUUCGGUCGAUGGUGAAGGAGGAGUGGUCGGCGGAGGUUUUCGACGGGGAGCUAUCGAGGUACAAGAACAUCGAGGAGGAGCUUGUGUCUGUUUUGCAUGUGGCCAUGGCCUGCGUGGUCGGCCAGCCAGAUAAGAGGCCCACCAUGCGGGAAGUGGUCCGAAUGGUCGAGGAGAUUCGGAUUGUGGAGUUCUUUGAUUUUUGUUCGAUUGUUAUUAGUUUUUGCGUUGUGGAGAGGAAUUAG